AUGGAAGCAAAAUUGGCUGAAUUCGAAGGAUGUUUUGAUUCAGAAGAAAUCAAAGAUGCGGAUAAAUUUGAAGAUAAAGCCGUAGAUUUUCGAAAUUGGUUUGUUGAAUGCAAGUAUAAUGAAAUCCAAAAGAACUUUGACAAAUUAUACACAACAAUUAUGAAAAUUGCAAUGCAUUAUAGACCAAAGAUCCAAAUGUGUGGAUGCGACUGCAUAUAUGUUCUUGAAAAGGAAGCAGCGCCAGCACAAAUCGCAUAUAAAAGUAAAGAAUUACAAAAAAGCUUCGACAAGUUAGUACAGAUAGGACAUGGUGAAGUUAUGCCAGCACUUUUACCAGCUGUAACAGAAAAAAUAGACAUUGUAUAUAAAAAUACUGACGAACCAGCAUUUCAUGAUUUUAUGAUGCACUUCUUAGAAACAUGGACAAGAGAGGAUACAGCACCUUAUCAUUUUACAAUCGAAUUUCCUAAAAUUAUUAAGCACGCUGGAAUGGCCAUGUCUAGAUACAUAAUUACCGCAUUAGAAAUACUUACGAAGAGAGCCAAAAACGCUAAAACAGCAGCACAAUUUGAGCAAUACACUGCCUGCGUUGUAGCGCUUUGCGAAGAGUGCUCUCCAAUUAUUAUUACCGUAAAAGAAAUGAUUGAACAAUUUAUUGAAGUAUCAAAGGAACUUGGCAGCAAAAGUGAAAAAUUCCCCAAACAAUGCGAGGAAAUUCAAAAAAUUUUAUCUCAAGCUCCUUCAUUACCAACCAAUUGGACAAUGCCUGUUCCUGACAUAAAGGUAUAG